GCGCAGAAGAGGAACGCCAUUAGUACUACUUACCCGGAUUUUUCGUCCAUUUCGACGUGCUGUCCGUGUGUUAAGAAAAAUAUAUAAUUAUUAAUAAAUAAUAAUUUAAUUAAUACUGUGUAUUGUGUUAAAUUGUGCUGCGAUUUAUUUUAUUUAUUCUAUUAUUAAUUAAUAGUUUAAAGAAUAAUAAAUAAUCCAAGUACAAGAUGACCGAACGAUCAAGCAAUGGAGAUUAUAAAUAUGAUGUUGAAGAGGAUGGUGGCGGCGAUGGAGACAGCAAUGGGGGUGACGACCAUCAGAGAAUGCCAUUGGAAAAAGAUCGUAGUGAAAGAGCCGACAAAGUUGGAGAAUACAUGAAAGAAUUGUUGGCCGAAAAAUUGGCACUUGAUUCACAAAAAUGCCCAAAUGCUUUGCGGUUACUCGAUCAAGAGAUUCAGAAGACUCAAGCUAUUGGAAAGCCUAUGAGAGACCUAAAAUACGUAGACAUUUAUCGUGAAAAACCAAUAAGAGUAUCAGUUAAAGUAUUGGUGCCAAUUCGCGAACAUCCUAAGUUUAAUUUUGUGGGAAAGUUACUUGGACCCAAGGGUAACUCGAUGAAACGCCUGCAGGAAGAGACUAUGUGUAAGAUGGCUGUGUUGGGAAGAGGAUCGAUGAAAGACAGACAGAAGGAGGAAGAGUUUCGCCAGUCUCUUGACCCGAAAUACGCUCAUUUAUGCGACGAUCUACAUGUCGAGAUCACAGCUGUGGCACCACCAGCUGAAGCACACGCACGUAUCGCUUAUGCACUUGCUGAAGUUCGUAAAUAUUUGAUACCCGACAAUAAUGACAUCAUUCGUCAAGAACAAAUGCGUGAAAUGGAAUUAACAAUGUCUGAAAGUGGAGUUGUUUCUGAUGAACAUCGAUCGUCUGUUAAGGCGUCAAGUUCCAUGAGAUCGCCUACCAGUAGACCAGUUACCACUUCAUCUACAUCUGUAAGAUCAGCACGACCUCCUUCUUCACGUCCUGUUAUGCCUCCACCACCACCACAUUCAUCCCGAACAUCAGCCUCACGUUCAUCAGCAAGUAAAGCUAAAGUAUUUUCGAUUUUGGAUCGCGCACGAGCUGCUAUGGACCAAAGCUACGGAUCCGCGCCGCCUCCACCGUCCAGUCGUGCAUCACAUCCAGAAUAUGAAUAUCACGGUUCUUCGAGUAGUAGUACCAGAUAUACUGAUAGACAUUAUUCGCCGUCCGCUUCUGAUGACAUUUAUACGCCGACGUCUUACACGACUUAUGAGUACAGCGAUGUCCCUUCAACACACUCUUCUGAGUAUUAUGAAACGUCUGAUUACCCUGAGGACUCAUCCGGCCGCGCUUGGAAAACGUACAAGACAUCAUCGUCAUCGGGCUCGGCUUCGCGGUAUCGUACAACUCCGUACGCUCGCCCAAAGUAACAUAAAAUGAGUUCUAAAGAACUAAUAAACGUGGAAGAACAAGGAAAAAAAAUGAAAUUAAAACGUAAAUAAUAAUAAUAAUAAUCAUAGAAUUAAUGGGAAAAAAAAAUAAUAAAUAAUUUUUAACUUUAA